AUGACCGGCCGAGGACAGCGAGGCGGCGCGAAGACGCUGCUGGCCCCCAUCCACUUCAUCUUCAAGCUCCUGCAGCAGCGGACGACGGUGUCGAUAUGGCUGUACGAGCAAUUGGCGGUGCGCAUAGAAGGGAAGAUACGGGGAUUUGACGAGUUCAUGAACCUCGUGGUGGACGACGCGGUCGAGGUCAAGCUGGCGACGAAGACGGAGGCAGAGUCGAGGAGACAGCUUGGACAAAUCCUCCUCAAGGGCGACAAUGUCUCGUUGAUCCAGACGGUGCAGUCAUAG